AUGUCCAUGGCUGCUGUCACUGACAGAGGUGGAAGUUACAGCCAGAAGACUUCAAAAGAAAUUAUUUGCCUGGCCAACAUCCAAAGGUGGUAUACCUGCUGUAUGAAAUCAGGUGGAGCAGAGGCCAGGCCAUCAGUUUCUUGCUCCAUCACCUGGGUGCUAUCUACUACCCCCUGUGGGAAAUGCUCCAGAAGAAUUCUGGAGUUCCUGAGGGUACAUCCCAAUGUGACCUUGGAAAUCUAUGCAGCCAAGCUCUUCAAGCACCUGGAUAUCCGUAACCAGCAAGGUCUCAGGAACCUGGCAAUGAAUGGAGUCAUUAUACGUAUCAUGAAUCUUGCAGAUUACAGUUACUGCUGGAAAAGAUUUGUUGCACACCAACAUGGAGAAGAUGAUUAUUGGCCCUGGGACUUCUGUCCAUACAUCUUUCUGAAUUGGAUAGAGCUCCGUCAUAUCUAUUUGGGGCUUCCUCCAUUCCUGGCAAACUUUGAAUUCUAA